AUGGAUUUAAUUAUUUUUUUUGCGACUUUUGUUUUCGCUCUAUUUGGUGAAGUAUCUGGCCAAUCUUCUUGUGCUUCUACCUGGGGCCAAUGUGGUGGAAGUAAUUUCAAUGGAGCAACCUGCUGUGUUAGUGGAGCAACCUGCUCCGUUCUAAAUCCAUAUUAUUCUCAGUGUGUUCCAAGUACUCAGAAGGUAUCAGGAUCUAGUUCUACAGGUUCUACAAGUUCCACAGGUUCCACAGGUGCUACAAUCUCUAGCACAAUCUCUACCUCGAAUCAAGGAGUGACCACAACUUCUACGUAUACGACCAGUACUUCCUAUUCCACAGGAACUGCUACGCAGCCGGAAUAUCCCUCCGCAAAUGCUAGCUCUUGUGGAUCUUGGGAGCUCGUUGACAAUGUUUGUUGUCCAUAUUACUGUUUAUCCAAUAAUGAAUCAGAGUCCUGUACUAGUGGUUGCACGGGUGGAUGUGGAUCCCCUCCCUCCUCAAUGUGCAAGUCUGGUACUAUGUGGGGAGAACAAUCUACAGUCGGGUCUGAUGAAGAUUGGCACUAUAGUCGAUCCACACAUUUCGGGCUUACCAGCGGAGGGGCUUGCGGGUUUGGACUCUAUGGUCUCUGCACCAAGGGCAGCGUCACCGCAAGCUGGACAGACCCGAUGCUCGGAUCAACUUGUGAUGCGUUCUGUACUGCAUAUCCACUCUUAUGUCAGGAUCCGUCAAACGUCACCUUACGAGGAAAUUUUGCGGCGCCAAAUGGUGACUAUUAUACACAGUUUUGGCCUUCACUAAGCGCAGCUUCGUCAGGCGACCCAGACAACUAUCUUUCAUGCGGAGAAUGCUUUGAACUCAUACGCACCAAGGCGGAUGGGACUGACUACGCUGUAGGGGAGGAUGGCUAUACUGACCCAAUAUACUUGGAGAUCGUGGAUAGCUGCCCCUGUGAUGCUAAUUCUAAGUGGUGCUGUGGUUCUGGUGCUGAUCACUGUGGCGAGAUUGACUUCAAAUACGGCUGCCCCCUUCCUGAGGAUAGUCAUCAUAUGGACUUGUCUGACAUUGCAAUGGGCCGCUUGCAAGGUAACGGUAGUCUUGCUGACGGUGUAAUUCCUACUCGAUAUCGGCGUGUGCCCUGUCCCAAGCCCGGCAAUGCGUAUGUUUGGUUGCGAGACGGCGGUGGUGCAUAUUAUUUUGCAUUGAGUGUGGUUAACACGAACGGCGUUGGGUCCGUCACUGCGGUCGAGGUUAAGAGCGCUGGUCAAAGCUCCUGGGUUGCACUUGAUCACGAUCCAAACUACACGAGCAGUCGGCCGCAAGAGCGAUAUGGUGCUUGGGUUUUGCCCCAGGGCGCUGGACCAUUCUCACUGCCCAUUGGUAUCAGAGUUACAUCACCAGACGGACAACAGAUUGUGAAUGAGGGUGCUAUCACAACCUUCACUGCGCCAACUGGAUCAGUCGCGGGCUUUUACUAUAUUGACCUUGGCGUGCAAUUUACUUAG